AUGCCCAAUGACUAUGCCUGCAUCAGUGUCAACAGUCAUUGUGUGGCCGCAAACAAUGGUCCAGGGUACUUAUGCCAGUGUUCCAAAGGAUAUGAAGGAAAUCCUUAUCUUUUGAACGGCUGUCAAGACACAGAUGAGUGCGCAUUGCGUAAGCAGAACACCAAGUAUAAAGAUUUGUAUCCAUGCACAAAAGGGGUCUGCCACAACACACCAGGAAGCUACUUUUGCAAAUGCAAGAAAGGAACAAAAUCUGACGGUACAGAUUUUGGAUGCCAGUCUCUGCAUUCGCCAGCUGACAAAAUGGUUAUUGGCCUCAGUGUUUCUGUAACGGUGGUGAUGGCCUUAGCAUGCUUGUUGCUCAUGCAAUUACAAAGGAAAAGACACAAGAAGGAGAAAGAUGAGUAUUUCAAACAAAAUGGAGGUCUCAAGUUAUAUGAUGAGAUGAGGUCAAGGCAGGUUGACACAAUUCGUAUACUUACUGAAAAAGAGAUAAAGAGAGCCACUGAUAACUACAAUGAAGAUCGAGUUAUUGGCUGUGGCGGCCAUGGGAUGGUAUACAGAGGAACUUUGGAUGACCAAAAAGAGGUCGCCAUCAAGAAGUCCAAAGUAAUCAGCGAUGAUUGGAGGGAAGAAUUUGUCAAUGAGAUAAUAGUCUUAUCACAAAUCAAUCACCGAAACAUUGUGAGGUUGCUAGGAUGUUGUUUAGAUGUGGAUGUCCCAAUGUUGGUCUACGAGUUCGUCCCUGGUGGUACUUUAUCUGAGUUUCUUCAUGGCGCUGGUUGUAGAUCACCAAUCCCUUUGGAUCUUCGCCUGAAGAUUGCUACACAGUCAGCAGAAGCACUGGCUUACUUACAUUCUUCGACAUCUCGCACAAUCCUACAUGGGGAUGUCAAGUCUGCCAACAUUCUCUUGGAUGAUCAGCUCAACGCAAAAGUUGGCGAUUUCGGAGCAUCAGCACUUAAGUCCAUGGAUGAAAGUGAAUUCAUCAUGUUUGUUCAUGGAACACUCGGCUACCUUGACCCAGAGAGCUUUAUCAGUCGUCAUCUCACUGACAAAAGUGAUGUAUACAGCUUCGGGGUGGUUCUUCUGGAGCUGAUGACAAGAAAGAGGGCUAUAUAUACGGACAACUUCAACGAAAAGGAAUCAUUGUCAUAUAGUUUUCCCUUGAUGUUUCAAAAGAGGAGACACCUUGUUAUGCUGGACACUGAAAUUACAGAUGAUGCAGUUAUGGUGGUGCUUGAGAACAUGGCUGAACUUGCAGUGCAGUAUACAAAGGGAGAUGACAGGCCAACGAUGAAGGAAGUCGCUGAGAGCCUACAGAUGAUGAGGAGACUCCGAGUGCACUCAGCUAGUGAUCCUGAAAAUAAUCACUAUACACAUAGCUAUGGAGGAUCAUCUUCGGUUGUGGUCCCUUUGGAAGAGACAACACGUGGGACCAUCGAUAUGUCAGAACUGGUUGAAGAUCUUUCAAGAUGA